ACAAGUGCCGGUUGUGGGGCAGUUUCAUGCGGAAGGUACGCACCCGCACCCCGGGGCUGGGCCACCCUAUAAAACCCCACACGGUGCCUCGAGCCCCAUCACCUGCUCCCGGUCGCCGCUGCUGCCGUCACCUGGGUAGCCCUCCUUGCCGAGCAAUGUCCUGCUACGACCUGUGCCUGCCCUCCUCCUGCAGCCCCCGUCCGCUGGCCACCAGCUGCAACCAGCCCUGCUUCCGCCGCUGUGGGGACUCCACCACCGUCAUCCAGCCCCCCACAGUGCUGGUCACCCUGCCCGGACCCAUCCUCAGCUCCUACCCACAGAACACAACAGUGGGAUCCACAGCAUCGGCUGCCAUAGGGAACUACCUGCGGUGCUGCGGGAUCCCCGUGGGUUCCAGUACCCGCGGGCUGGGGAAGGCAGGACUGCUGUGCCUGGGCAGCAGUGGGAUAUAGGGUCUCUGUGAUGGUCACCUCCUGCUGAUGCCAACAGAACCUCUGCAGCAGGAAGGACGAACAAAGAACAGGACCAAGAGUGGGGAACAGGACCAAGGAAAUGCCUGUGGGUGUCCCAGAUGGGAGGGGGGAGCUGCAGACCCCCACCAGGAGGAGGGGAUCCAUGUGAGCUUGUCACCGGGCCUAUUUAAACCUUUCUCUCACUAAGCCUUGCUUUAUAUUUCCAUGUAGGUGUCACACCUUGUGGGGCUGCUGGCUGGGCAAAAAUGCUUCUAGCAGGCUGUAGGCAGAGGAUAGCCAUGGGGCAGUGGGGCAGAGGAUCAGCUUGUCCCGGAAUGGGCUUUAUCCAUCUCUUUACCGAGCACUGGAAAUGCACUUCUCAUACUCUGCACUGAUUUAUUCUCCUAUCUCAUUAAAGUCAUGCUGCAUCAUA